CCACGCCCAGCGCUCAGCGGCGCCCGCUCCGCAGGCCCCCGCCCGCCUCCAGCCCCGAGAGUUGCUCGCCGGGCCUCCGGGACUCGCCGGCUCUCGGGCCCGCCCCCGAAGACGUGGAGCGCUGAGGCGGCGGCAAGUUUGUCAAAGAUGAAAGUGACCUUAUCCGCUCUGGAUACUCAUGAGAGUUCUUUCCUGCCUUUGGUCGUCAUAGAACUUGCUCAGGAUGUCAAGGAGGAAACCAAAGAAUGGCUGAAAGCCAGGAUCAUUACUAAAAAGAAGGAUGGAGGCGCUCAGCUGUUGUUUAGACCGUUGUUAAAUAAAUAUGAGAAAGAAACACUAGAAAAUCAGAACUUAUAUCUUGUCGGUGCCUCCAAGAUUCGAUUGCUGCUGGGGGCGGAAGCAGUGGGAUUGGUGAAAGAGUGCAGUGAUAACACCAUGAGAGCCUUCACGUAUGGGACCCGACACAACUUCAAAGAUUUUGAUGAUGAUAACGAUGAUUUCCUCAGCAUGGCAGAACGUCAAUUCAUUAUCAAACAUGAACUUGAAAAUCUUCGAGCCAGAGAUGAAAAAAUGAUCCCUGGUUAUCCCCAGGCAAAAUUGUACCCAGGAAAAUCAUUAUUGAGGAGGCUGCUCACGUCUGGCAUUGUGGUUCAGGUGUUCCCACUGCAUGACAACGAGGCCCUGAAGAAGCUUGAGGACACCUGGUAUACUCGAUUUACCUUGAAGUUUCAGCCCAUAGACAGAAUUCGUGGCUACUUUGGAGAAACCAUCGCUCUUUACUUUGGAUUUCUGGAGUAUUUCACGUUUGCCUUAAUCCCCAUGGCCAUCAUUGGGUUACCUUACUACUUGUUUGCGUGGGAAGACUAUGACAAGUACGUGAUCUUUGCCUCAUUCAACCUGAUCUGGUCCACGGUGAUCUUGGAAGUGUGGAAGCGAGGCUGUGCCAGCAUGACCUACCGGUGGGGUACCCUGGUCAUGAAGAGGAAGUUCGAGGAGCCCCGGCCAGGGUAUCACGGAGUCCUGGGUAUCAACCCAGUCACUGGCCGGGAGGAGCCACUCUACCCCAGCUACAAGAGACAGCUGCGCAUUUACCUGGUCUCCCUGCCCUUCGUGUGCCUCUGUCUCUAUUUCUCUCUGUUUGUCAUGAUGAUUUACUUCGACAUGGAGGCCUGGGCCUUGGGCCUGCAUGAGGACAGCGGGUCCGAGUGGACCAGCAUCUUGUUGUACGUGCCCAGCAUAAUCUAUGCCAUCGUGAUAGAGAUCAUGAACCGCCUCUAUCGAUAUGCUGCUGAAUUUUUAACCUCAUGGGAGAAUCACAGAUUGGAAUCUGCCUACCAGAAUCACCUAAUUCUGAAAGUGUUAGUGUUUAACUUUCUGAAUUGCUUUGCCUCACUUUUCUACAUUGCCUUUGUCUUGAGGGAUAUGAAGCUUUUGCGUCAGAGCUUGGCUACUCUCCUGAUUACCUCCCAGAUCCUUAACCAAAUUGUAGAGUCUCUUCUUCCUUAUUGGCUCCAAAAGAAGCACCAUGUGCGGGUAAAGAAGAAGGUGGAAGCUUUAAAGGCAGACAUCGAUGCUACAUUAUAUGAACAGGUCGUUCUGGAAAAGGAAAUGGGAACUUACUUGGGCACCUUUGAUGAUUACUUGGAAUUAUUCCUGCAGUUCGGUUAUGUGAGCCUUUUCUCCUGUGUUUACCCACUGGCAGCUGCCUUCGCUGUGCUAAAUAAUCUCACUGAAGUUAAUUCAGAUGCCUUAAAAAUGUGCAGAGUCUUCAAACGUCCAUUCUCAGAACCCUCAGCCAGUAUUGGUGUAUGGCAGUUGGCUUUUGAAACAAUGAGUGUUAUAUCUGUGGUCACCAACUGUGCUCUGAUUGGAAUGUCACCACAAGUGAAUGCACUCUUCUCAGAGUCAAAAACAGACCUCAUUUUGAUCGUAGUAGCCGUGGAGCACAUGCUCCUGGCUUUGAAGUUCAUCCUUGCAUUUGCCAUACCUGAUAAGCCACGGCAUAUCCAGAUGAAACUGGCCAGAUUGGAAUUUGAAUCUUUGGAGGCACUCAAGCAGCAGCAGAUGAAGCUCACCGCGGAGAACCUGAAAGAGGAAUGCAGGGAAGGCGGGAAGGAGACGGUGCCCUGAGGGCGGGCCGACCGCUUCCAGGCUCCUGCCUGAGCUCCACGCCCACUCCGGCCGCCUGACCUCGCUCCGGAGCCUCGCAUAUGGACUGACCACCAGCUCCCCACGCUACCCUCACAGUGACAGCUGGCCGACGGGGGUGGCAUCAGCCGAGCCCCCGCUGAGUGACGGGCGUUUCCACACUCCUGGCUCUGUCCUGCAAUAAGUUCACAAACCCUUCAUCGACGGAAACAGUGCCCACCGAGCUAUUAAAGGCCACGUGCACGUC